AUGCUCUCCUUGAAAUCAAGAGGAUCUUGGAAUGUACUUCGAUGGAUUCAAGUACCUCGAAGAACCGCUGUUAUACCUGCAAAACCAUCACCAAUGAGAAGGAAGAGGCGGAGGAUAAAGAAUGUUUCUAGCAAAGAUCUUGAUCUUCGAGGGAUUGAUCCUCAAGAUUCCAGAGCAUUGGAAUUUAAAGUAAAACAGUUACAGGAGUUUACGAGGAAUUUAAAGGAACAAUUCAAAUUGGCGGACAGUAAUACCAAGAAAUUAGAAGCAGAGGAAGAACUGGCUAAGUCCAUACCAGAAGAUGAUGAUAAGCGUGCAGAUGAGCUGUUUGGAAAAUUAGAAGCACCAGCUUUUGAGAAACCACUUCCUCAACCGAAUCUUUCAACACUCAUCUUAUCCGCUGAAAACCAGCAGCUAAAGAAAUUAAUCCCUGUUGAGAUUAAGGAAAGGAUUAAUGAUGAUGGAUUUUUACUGGCGAGGUUAAUUGACAAGGAUAAUCAAAAUUGGAACGACAUAAUAUCGAAACUUUACACAACGGAGAAACGUCUAUCAGACAUAAGUAUGCCCAUCAUAUCUUCAGGAAUAUUGAGAAAAGUCAAGAAUCUUUCAUAUGAAAAUAUAGAAAAGUUGGAUAUAAUGCUUUUGGAGACCAAAAAUGGUGAUAUUACAUGCUUCAAUCGCCUUAUGUAUGAAACUCUUUUACUAAAUUUAUCAAAUCUGAGACCACCAACUUCAGGUGAAGAAGACAAGGUAACUAUGAAGAUGAGGCAACUGUUAGAAAGAUACGAUAAAAGCAAAGAAAUUUCUCCUGAUGUACCAAGCAAGAUGACCCAGUUCUCUUUGAACUGCUGCUUGAAAUACUCUACCAAGUCGGUCAGUUUUGAAAAUAUGGAGUAUUUCUUAUCCAAAUUCAAGAACGACUAUGGAAUCACGCCAAACAGAGAGAAUUAUACCACGGUCAUUCAAUUUUAUGUCAAAUUCGGUGUCUCUAAGCAAGCUUGGGACGUUUUCGAUACCAUGAAAUUUUUGUCCAGUUCUCAUGCACCAGAUGUGACCACUUAUAAUUCUGUUCUGCAUCUGUGUAAUAGAGAAAGAGAUUACGCCAAGGCCAUUGACUUGUACGAAGAGAUGCUCGACAGACAAUUGCAACCGUCAAUACAAACGCUAAAUAUAAUGGCCAAAACAAUGGCUAGAGCAAGUGCUGACAACGUCAUAAGCGAAGGUAAGGCCGAUUCGUUAAGGUUAUUGGGUUGGAAAUAUAUUCACACUUUAGAAAGUACUUUCGAUCAUACGAAACACGAAACCCAUUUCUAUCAUACGCUAGAGGCUAUGAUGGCGUUAGCCGCUUACGAUGGUGAUGUUGGUUUUGCAAGGGCCCUUUACUACAAAUACACUACGAGGAAGUAUAAGGAAGUGGUUAAAUAUUGGAAAGGUAAAUUCGAUUCACAAAAAAUAUGGCAAACUGCUCUAGAUCCUCAAUUAUUCAACCUUUUAUUGUUAGCAUAUGCUAAUUUCCGUCCUAACAAGCUACCGAUUUUACUGGGUUAUGAAAAGGGUAUAAAGCUUAGAAGGAAUAUUUUAAACAGUGUGGACUACGCUGGUAGAUACGACCUUGAUGAUGAAAUUAAAGUACAAUUACCCAUGCUACCGAUAUCCGAUAUGAAUCAGGCAUGGCAAAUUUUAGCCGAAUCUCGAGCCUUGUGGCAAUUUAAUCUUGAAUUCGGCGGCUAUUACGACUUGAGAGACACGCCUGAGGGAUUUGACACAACUAGAUUACAAGAGAUGGUUUCAAAAUCAGCAACUCAGGAUGAAUUACAGUUCAAUAUACUGCACCAAGUUUCACAAUGGAAGUUUCAAUUAGUCAAUCACUCCAUUUUAAAUCCUAAAUCUCUAACGACAUUUUUAACUAUACCAAUUAAAAAUGGUGAUAGGAUAGAAUUCAUGUUAAGAUUGAAAGAGUUUACAUUUCAGCAAAACGACUUAGAAAGUAGAAUCGAAAAGCUAUACAAAGGUUUAAAAUUGGUGGAGUCACGGGUGGAACCCAAUUCUCACGAGAGGGACCUUGCAAUAAAUCAAAUUGAAAUGGAUGAGAAUGUUAAGUGGUUUGCAUCCAUGAAGCACAAAAUAGUCGCAAAGAAUUAUAUCUAUGAAUUAAUGAUGAAAGCUGCAUCAGCUUUUAAAGAUUCAGCAAUCUCCAAAGAUGCAUGGCAAAGUAGAGGUGAAUAUAGAAAGACGAAACUCUUCCAACAAAUGGAUUCUAAAAGGAGAAUUGAAAGCGAUACUCAAUUUGCGGCACUUAUGGUGCAAUUCUUUGCCCGUCAAAACAUGCUGACAGAUGCUUUAGCGAUCGUAAUGUCCACUAGAAAAUUUAUCGAUUGGAAAUACCAUAUGGUCAAAGGUUUGCAUGAAGGUUUAGUGAAACUUGAGGACGAGAAAAGUAUAUCCAUUCUACUGGACAUUGUUAACAAGAAAUCUUCAAUCGAGUUGUUAGAUGAAAAGAUCCGUGAUUUCCAAUUGUGA